AUUUAUUUAAUUUUAGAAAAUUCGGCAAAAAAUCGAAUUAAAUCUUAACGAAUUCUUUAAAAUUUCUUUACAAUGCAGAAUACUGUGAAAAAAUGGUUUGCAGGGAAAGCAAAAACCAAAUACAUUAUCUCGCGAUUUUUGGGUAGAAAUUUGAGAGUGCUGAAAUUGCGUCAGAACCUUAAGGUACAAACACUAAGCUUUCCUUACCUCCGAAUUGUCCCUAUAAAUAUAAAAGAAAAUCAGGAUCAACGGAAACAUGAAAUCACACGUUUAAACAGAGACUCAAGCAAUGAUGAAGGCCAUCAGAAUAACCACAAAUGGUCGGGUUACUUGGCUCCAGGAAAGGUUAGUGUCAUUGUUAGUGGUGUUUUCUCCUUCGGAUUUUUUGGUAAUUCUAAAGACGAAGAGUCGCCUGAAGAUAAAUUGGUUACCACCAUCAAAAGAUCAGUGUUAUGCAUACAACGACAAGAAUUCGAUAAGGCAGAACAGAUGCUCCACUUGGCGUUAAGGAUGGCGCAAGACUUACAGAGCAAAGAAGGUAUAACCUAUAUUUAUGAUCUUAUGGCGAAUCUAGCUAUGGAACAAGAGCAAUACAAAAAAGCAGAAAAACUGUUUGUUGAUGUCAUGCGACGAUUAUUUAAUGAUGGCUACUCAAAGGAUAGCGCACAGAUAAUGCAUAUUAGUGCGAAACUGGCACACAUGGCCCAACUACAAGGUGAACUGGAUAAAGCACUGCAAGGAUUUACGUGGACGUUACAGCGCAUUGAAGAGCAUUUGAAAAAAGAUCCAAGUGACAAGGACAUACUAGAAUUGCUAGGACUUACAAAAAAUUGGUUCGGCCAAUUGCAAAUGAAGUUAGGCAAGUAUGCUGAUGCAAAAAACUCUUUUCAGGAGGCUUAUGAUGCUCUAGUCGAGGUAUACGGACGAGUAAAUGAAGAGGCUGUAACAAUAUUGAAUAAUCUUAGUGUGGCAUGUGUCAAUCUAGAGGAAUACGAGCUGGCGAAGAAGUAUUUAACGGAUGCUUUGGAAUUGGUAAAAGAACUGAAGGACACAGCACAGGAAGGUAUUCUUCAAGCCAAUUUGGGUUUGAUUUAUUUGCGAGAAGGUUUAAUAAUGAAAGCCAAGGAAGCCUGUUCGCUAGCAUGGCGCAUUGGUAAGAAGGGCAAGAACGUAGACGCAGUUGAACAGGCUGAAUACUGUCUGAACGAGAUUAAAACUUUUAUACAAUAAGACAAAUCAAAAUCAAAAUCUUUUAAAAACUUGAUGCAAAUGUAUACGACCUAGCUAUUUUUCAAUCAAAUAAGAAUUAAUUUAUACAAAAAUCAAAUAAAAAA